CCCACAUUCAGCGGACCCUCGAACGCAUCACCAACGGCCAUAGUGCACAGCUGCACUAAUUAGCUCAUUCGCUUUUUAAGCGUGUAAGCGCAUUCUUGCGUCUUUUCGGCGUGUCACCGGCACCUGGGAGACUAAGAUCACUUCUGCUGCCCCGUUUGAGCCGUGAAGGACCGCAAUGACGCAUCACUCCUAGAACCAUGGUGUUGCCCGUGGCGCCGCCCUCCCUGUCGCCAUGACGAUGCCCUUCAGCCCCCUGUCCAGCGACGAGGAGCACCAAAGGAUGCUGGGAAACAACAGACACCUGUAUCCAGGGGCGGAGGACGAGGAAGAGGAGGAGGAAGAAGAGGAAGAGGAAAUGGAGGAAGACGAGCGAGACGAAGACGGCGAGGAGGAGAACGGCGAGCUGGAGGGGGAGGAGGAAGAUGAGGAAAUGGUGGAGGAGAUCCGCCGAGGAGCCCCCUCGCGGGGGGGCAGGACCGAGGGGCAGAGGCAGUCGGUCAAAGCGGUCGGGCGACCCGCCGGGGACAGACAGGUCCGACCCGGAAACCCGGGGCAUGCGGCCAACCCCUACUCGUCCAAUCCUGGCGGCCCGCACCAGCAGCCGGCCAAUCAGCAGCAGCCCCAGCAGAGGAGGCUGAAGGAGCGCGCUUCCAGCUCGGUGCCGCCCGAGGACGCCCACAUCGCCAUGAUGGUGUUCCGAAUCGGUAUUCCGGACAUCAAACAAACGAAAUGUCUGCGCUUCAACCCGGAUGCCACGGUGUGGAAGGCCAAGCAGCAGGUCUUGUGCUCGCUGACCGAGUCCCUGCGAGACAUCCUCAACUACGGCCUCUUCCAGCCCGCCACCGAUGGACACGAUGCCAAAUUUCUGGAGGAGGAGCGGCUGCUCAAAGAGUACCCCCAGUCCUUUGAGAAGGGGGUGCCAUAUUUGGAGUUCCGAUACAAGACGCGGGUGUACAAGCAGACCAACCUGGAUGAGAAGCAGCUGGCCAAACUGCACACCAAGGCCAGCCUGAAGAAGUUCAUGGACUACAUCCAAACCAGCACCGUGGACAAGAUGAGCAAGUUUAUAGACAAGGGCCUCGAUCCCAACUACCAGGAUGCUGACACCGGCGAGACUCCUCUGUCCCUGGCCGUGCAGUGCGAGCCCGGUGGAGGCGAAGCCAUCCGGGUCUUGGUGGAGGGGGGGGCCCACAUCGACUUCCGUGCCAAAGAUGGACUCACGCCGCUCCACAAGGCUGUCCGAGGCCACCGCCAUAUUGCCCUGCUGGUCCUGCUGUCUCUGGGCGCCUCUCCAGACUACAAGGACCGGCGGGGGCUGACGCCGCUAUACCACACUGUGCUGACGGGGGGCGACACCUCCUGCUGUGAAACACUGCUUUACCACCACGCCAAGUUAGGCAUCAGGGACGAGAACGGCUGGGACGAAACACAUCAGGCCUGUCAGAACGGCAACUCGCAGCAUCUGGAGCACCUCCUCUUCUACGGGGCGGACUCGUCCUCCCAGAAUGCUUCUGGAAACACUGCCUUGCACAUCUGUGCUUUAUAUAACAAGGAAAGCUGUGCACGAAUCCUGCUCUACCGAGGAGCAAGCAAAGACACAAAGAACAACAGCGGCCAAACGCCCUUUCAGGUGGCCGUCAUGUCGGGUCAUUUCGAGCUGGGGGAGAUCAUCAAAAACCACCGGGACACAGAUGUGGUUCCCUUCGUGGAGUCUCCAAAGUACGCCCCCCAGAGGCGAGAGAGCACGCGCACCCUGACCGUGCCCCACCCGCACCCUUUCCUGCGAGCCAACAGCGACAGCAGCAUGAACCUACCAGACUGGAUGGCCAUGCCCAACUCUCUGAGCACCAACAUCGUCUCCGUGCAGGGAUUCAAACACACUGGAACCAUACGCAGCUCCAGCAGUCCCAGGGGGGCCAGGACACGCUCUCCUUCCCGAGGCAGGAUUGGAGACAAGGAGGACCGCAGCCGGCAGAGUCGGAAACAAGGGCCCCCUCCUGCCGGCACCGCCACCCAAACAGCAGGCCAGCGGCGACGCCUGUACAGCGCCGUGCCCGGGCGUGUCUUUGUGGCCACCAGAUCGCACUCGGCCCAGGGAGAGCGGGAAAUCAGCUUCAGCAAGGGCGACCGGGUGAAAGUGCUGAGCGUUGGCGAAGGUGGCUACUGGGAGGGGACGGUCCGCGGACGCACCGGCUGGUUCCCCUCCGACUGUGUGGAGGAAGUGAUGCUCCGAAGUCAAGACGCCCGAUCAGAGAGCCGUGGCGAGCGGGCCAAGCGUUUGUUCCGUCACUACACCGUGGGGUCCUACGAUAGCUUUGACGCUCCCAGUGACUACAUAAUCAAGGAGAAGACGGUGCUUUUGCAGAAGAAGGACAGCGAGGGUUUCGGCUUUGUGCUGAGGGGGGCCAAAGCUCAGACUCCCAUUGAGGAGUUCACCCCCACCCCCGCCUUCCCCGCCCUGCAGUACCUGGAGUCUGUGGAUGAGGGGGGCGUGGCCUGGCGAGCUGGUCUCAGGAUGGGGGACUUCCUCAUAGAGGUCAACGGUCAGAAUGUGGUGAAGGUCGGCCACCGGCAGGUCGUCAACAUGAUCCGGCAGGGCGGCAACAGCCUCAUGGUCAAGGUCGUCAUGGUGACCCGCAACCCCGACAUGGAGGAGGGCGCUCGGAAGAAAAUCCCCCAGCAGAGCAAGAGGCUGAGCACCCCCGCCAUCGCCCUGAGAUCCAAGUCCAUGACCUCGGAGCUGGAGGAGAUGGUGGAAAGAGCUGCUACCCCUUGGAAAAAGAAGUCAGAAUUUGAGUCAUCCCAGGUGGCAGAGAAGAAGAGGACGGUCUAUCAGAUGGCUUUAAAUAAAUUAGAUGAAAUUCUUGCAGCAGCUCAGCAGACAAUCAGCACCAAUGAGGCCCCGGGGACGCGGGCGCAGGGGCCAAAAAGAGACAGGGGGCGAAGUUUCUACAGCAACGAGCCAAACUUUACAGACCAGACCGGCUUGGGGGUGGCACCAUCCAGCCUGGGUCUGGGCUACGAUCGUGGCCAGUACGCCUCCGGUCACGGCCCACAGCACGGUAUGCUGCGGCAGAAGUCCAUCGGGGUGCCCGAGGAGGAGAGGCAGUUCCUGCAUCCUCCAGCCAUGAAGUUUGCUCGCAGUCUGUCAGUCCCCGGGCCGGACGACAUCCCACCCCCGCCCACCACGGCCCCGCCGGACCCUCCCUUCUCCUCCGCCCCUCCCCUCGGUUGGAGAGCCAAGUCGUCUCAGCAGCCCUCCGUGUCCCAGUCCACAGCCACCUCGUCACACUACCAGCCCUAUUCCCAGGCAGUACACUUCACUCAUCUGGGCCGGGAGAGGACUGCCGGUCCCAGUGCCGCCCCCGCUGGCGGAACAGCAGCGGACCACUCCACUUUCUAUUCCCACGUGGGCGCCCACACUGUCCAAAGCAGGACUGCCACCCGCAAGGUUUCAUAUACCGGGGAGACUACUGGAGGGGUCAAAGCAGCGGGCCUCAGGAGAGGCUACAGCAGUGCCGUCCCGCCAUCCUCCAUUGCAACCGUCAUGCCACAGCAACAACAGACAGGCCCGAGCCAACCACAGCGAGCAGAGCGCAGUGCAGCAGGGGGUCCUAAGGGGGGCGCCCGGAGAGGCAAGGGUCCCCUGGUGAAACAAUCAAAGGUGGAGGACCUGCGCUCGGGUCAGGGCACACUCGGGGGCAAAGUGGAGAAAAGCUCCAUCCCAAUCCCCACCAUCAUCGUCAAGGCCCCCUCCACCAGCAGCAGCGGGCGCAGCAGCCAGGGCAGCAGCGUGGAGGCGGAUGCGCCCACAUCAGGGGAGGUGGACGAAGCCAAAUCCCCCCAUAAUCAAGCUCCACAGCCCCCCGCACCGCCCUCCAUCCCCGCACCCCCGCCUCCAUCAUUGCCGUCCAUGAGAGCCCAGGACGGGCUGGACUUCACCAGCCAGUUUGGAGCAGCUGUUGUCGGUGCGGCUCGCAGAGACCGCGAGCGCUUUCACGAAGCCCGAAGAAAGAGCGCCUCCCUGUUCAUGUCCGCUGAGGAGGACGUGGGUCUCGGGGGCGAGGGUCUCGGAGGACUAACACGGACUCAUGUCUCACAGCAGCAACUUAACACGCAAGAAAGUUCUUCUUCCAAGCUCAGACCAUCAAAGUCCAUCGAUGAGGGCAUGUUCUCCGCCGACACCUUCAUCCACCACACCCGCAGCAUGCCUCCAGCCUUUGGCUUACCCGAGUACUCCUCAUCUGCCCUGGACUAUCAGCCCAAGUCCGUGCCUGCUGACCUCUACACCACCGCAGGAAGGCAGCCGCCGUCCUCCUCCACCACGUUCAUUCACCCCCUAACAGGAAAGGCUCUCGACCCCACAUCGCCGCUCGGCCUUGCCCUGGCGGCCAGAGAGCGCGCUCUGCGGGACGACACCAGGUUAAGAAGGGGGGCGGAGCACCCAUUCAUCCGCCAGAUGUCCAAUGUGGUCUUCCCUUCGUCUUCUGUCACCUCACAGCCAGUGUCGUCCUCUGCCCAGUCCUCCAGUUCCUACUUGGUCACCUCCUCUUCCCUUGCCGCCACCACUCCUUCUGUCGGACGGCCACCCUCUCCAAGAAUCCUCAGAGGAGUUGGGGGCGUGUGGGGUGAGGAGGGCGGAAGCGGAGUGGAAAGAGAUCGGGAAGGGGGAGGAGCCCGCGAGGGACUGAGAGUACGCUUCUCCGAAGACAAAACGGUCCACACGCACCACUACCAGUCUCAGCCAUAUCAGCCCAGCUACAAGGACAGGGAGCGGGACAGGUCCAGGGAGCGGGAGGCCUCCAGGGAGCGAGAGCGGGAGAAAGAGAGGGAAGGUUACAUGAGGCGAGCGGAGCAGGUCGCUAACGAGCAGGCAUCCCAGCAUCCUCGGCGACCCCCGUUUAUCAGGAUGGAAAGUCAAACUGACGCCUACAUCUUGUCCCACGCGACUCCCUCUGCCGCCAGCACUCAACAGGCGGUGAACACCACUGGGAACACUGGGUCCGGCCUGAUGGUUCUUCCUCCACCCGCCCCUUCUGUGGACGCAGACGAUGAAUUUGUCUAUGCUGACCCCCUCCCCCCUCCGUUGGAGUUUGCCAACAGCUUUGACAGGGGGGCUCCAGGGUACUCUCAACGUCGGCCUCUCCCCACGGUGAGCUCCGCCCAACAGAGGGCGCCACCUCCUCCGCCUCCCCCGCCACCUCCCCCGCCUCCACCCGCCCAAAAAGAACUGUUUGCAAGUGCGUUUCCCGCUCACACGCCCCUGCCCUCUCCCCAGGCGGGGGACUCCACGGCCUCCAGCCUCACCUCUUACGACAGCGAGGUGGCUAAUCUGACUCAGUCCGCUCCUUCUCCCUGCCAGACGUCACCCAACCCGCCUCCUGCCCCCUCACCCUCUACCUUGCACCCCGCAUCAACUAGCAGACCCCCGCCACCCCCCUCCGUCUCACCGCCACCGCCUCCCGGCUCCUAUCACAGACCCUUGUCCGUGUCGCAUCCCCACCACCUGUACAACAGCACACACGCUCCGGGACGCUCCUCGCCCACUCCUCCCCCGCUCACUGUAACGCCUCCCCCUGCCUAUAGGGGGCCCCCAGCACUUUCUUCCACUGCUGCCACCUCCGCCCCUCUGCGGGGCACCGACUCAUUUUCCACGACCACAAGCUGUGCCGCUACAACCACCGCUGCUGCCACAACAAGCACCUCCACUCAGCUCUACCAUGAGCGAACGCACACCACAUACGCCACCCCCUCCCCCUCCACCGCCACGCACAGGGCAGGAGAGCGCCAUCGUCCUCCCCCCACUGCCAAGAAGGGAGAAUCCCAGGAGACUGUGGUGGACUCUGGCAUAGAAGAGCUGGACAGCCGCAGCAGUAGCGACCACCACCUGGACAGCAUCUUGGCUAACGUUCGGGGGGACAGGCUAGACCGAGGGGAGAGGGGGGGAGGGCGGCUAGCGGGUGGGACGGUUGAAUCGGGGGAACGUGGGGAUUUUCUCGAGUCUUACAUGAGCUACCUGGACGGUCAAACCUUUGAGAUGCAGAAUGCCACGGCAGCAGCCUCCACCUACCCAAAAAGCGGCAGGUUCAGGGAGGGGGGUCGCAGCGGUGAGCUUCAUAGACAGACCAGCACUGCCCCCGCCUCCUUCCACUCCCACAGGCGAAGAGUUGAACCGGAGGAGGAGGUCGAGGAAGGGGGCGCCACAGAAGAUGAAGGCGGGCAGGACGGGUACGGGAUGAGGGACAUGCAGAAUUUGGGACGUCCCAGCUCGCCUUAUUUUGACCGCCCACGCACACCUGAGAUGAAACCUCUCUGGGCUGAGGGCCAGAUGGGCGGUGAGGCCGGGGGCCAAUUCGGGGCGCUUUUAGAGGGGAAGAAGGUGUACCCCCCUGCGACCAGCAUGAAGCCAAACAUCAUCAACGAGCUGAGCAGCAAACUGCAGCAUCGGACCAAGGACACCUGGGGCAGCCAGAGACCGCUGAGCAGGCACAGAUUCUCCGAAGAUUCUGCCUCGGCUCUGAGUCCCCCAUCGGCUCGCUCCCAGUCGCCUUCUCCGAUCUCUUUAUCGCAGCCGUCCUUGUGCGCGUCCCCGACCCCCGCCUCCCAGUACCCUAACUGGGCUCGGUCCCCGUCCCCUCAGCCUCAAGCUGCCUCUCAACCACCCCGUUCUCAUUCCCCGCUAUCCCCCACGUCGUACUCCCCGUAUCCCACUUCCCCCAAACACAGACCCGUCUACCGGACCAAAGCGCUGGAAUUCCAGUUCAUCCCCAGUCGCGAGUCUCGCAAAUCAGACUCCCACAUGCUCCAGCGCAGGCGGGCACCCAGUCCCCUCAUCUCGCCUUCAGAGAGGCCCAAAGCGGGGCCCCCACGUCCGUCUUCCCUCCCCCUCCUCCCCACGUCACCUCUGUACAGUGCCAUCUAUGACCUGCGGGGUUCGAUCACCCCUCCCUCACCUGGGAACCCACUGGGAGAUCCCUAUUUCUCACCCUCCCCGCCCCUCUUUGCCCCCUCUGGGGCCCCGCCUCCUCCAAACUCCACUUUAGUCGUUUCUCGCUCUCUCUCCCCCACUCAUUUCCUGUCCGGCACUUCCUCUCCGCCCCUGCACCCGCUACCUCCUCCCACCUGUCUGAGUUACCCCCAUCUGCCCCCGCCUUCCCCGACCAAGCCGUUCGCCUCCAAGCCGCUGCCCUACUGGACCAAGUACGACGUGGCGGACUGGCUGGGGUACCUCAAUUUGGGGGAGCACCGCGAACGCUUCCUGGACAACGAGAUCGACGGCACCCACCUGCCCUCCCUCACCAAGGACGACUAUCUGGAUCUGGGCGUGACUCGCGUCGGCCACCGCAUGAACAUCGAACGGGCCCUGAGAUCUGUGAUUGACAGGCUCUCCAGCAGCCCCUUCCCCAUUUCUGUCCUGUCGCCUCGUGACGGACAGUCGGAGGGGAGGAUGGACGAUGGCAGUCGGAGCUGAGGUGGCGAGGGAGGGAGGAAAGGAGGAAGGAAGACCUUGGAUUUAGUGAAGGGAGAAGGUUGAAGCUGCUCCUGCUGCCGUCUGAAGAUUCAACCAGGCAAAAUGAAGGAUACGUCAAAAGGGUGGGGAGAAAGGGGACACCCGCCCUCGUCCUAAACGCACAAAAAGUUGACACCACGACACCACCAUUCGAUGACAAAAGAAAUCCCGAAAAAAAAACACUAAAAAUUCCAACAGGAGCUGGAGAAGGUGGCUCCAUGCUGCGGCCAUCUGAGGCUUUGUGCACAUCACUGCAGCUUCCAGUCUUCUUGUCCUUACCUCACCGCCGACGGGGCUCUGCCGCCCAGUUGUAGGCCCCGCGGUUCCCCAAACCACCCCCCCCCCCCACCCCCGACCUUCGACCCAAACUUUUAAUGACAAAAAUGCAGACUGGUCACUGUAUCACAUUGUAGCAAAAAUAAGUGCCCAGACCGACAACAUAAAAAUGGUACACGCCUGCAUGCACACACACACACACGUACACACACACACGUUUAUGGGACACAUACAGGUAUAUACAGAAUAUAUAUAUAUAUAAACAUAAAUAUUUGGGACACACAUGAAAGACUUCCGGGAUAGCGAAACCCGUUCAAGACUUCCUAGGAGAGGGAGGGGCCAGAGGCGGAAUAAAAAACUGCCAUUUCCUGCAAUCUGACCACCGCGCCCCCCCGUCCCCUCCCAGCCCCUCCCACGAGAUCCAGACGAAUCCUGGAGGAAAGCAAAGCAUUUUACUACUCGGAUUGUUCUUACACUUUUUAAUCUGAAGCGCUGACGUUGUCGGCAAAGACAUUUUCUUUAUUUGACAUUACCGUCAUCGUCCUUACUGUUAUUCCCACAUCGGAGCGUGACCUUCUAGAGAAUUCCAUAGAAGUAUUUUUGCAUUGAUUUAUCUACUGAGCUGUUGCUUCCAGGUGAGGGCAGAAGGCCUCGCAAGCACAUUUUGGUGAUUUUUUUUUUCUUCCCUCCACGCUUCAGUCUAAUUUGGACAGGUAAUGAAGUGAGACGAUGCUUAAAGUCGUCUCAUCUGCUGGCUUACGUUCGGCUGAAAUGGAGUAAAGGGCUCUCUCAUGACCUCACGGCCACAUUCCGCCCGUCAUACCGCUUCAGGAUCAACCCUCAGUUUGGUGUUCCAUGUGUGUGGGAGCUGCUUAAAGGAAGGCUGGACUUCAGAAUAACAAUAAGGACAAUGAAGCUAAUGCUCAGCCUACAGAAAAACGCCGUUUGAUAGGAAAGCUCUGAAGAAUCUCUUGUCUUCCAAAGGAAAGAAAAGGUGUAUUAUGUCUUUGUUAACUCCUUUGCUUUCUAUACAGUUUGAGCCUUCCUCCCCGACAGCCGCUUGCCGUCUCCAUCCUUUGCAUCCCAUAUUUUGACCAGCAUGUUUAUGCAAAACCGUCCUGCUUCCAUCCGCAGCUGCACACCAGGGGGGCGUCCGUCCGUCCUUACAAAAAGGCCCAGGAGAAACAGGUACACAACUCACUCCUGGACCGACUCAUGACUUUCUUCCUGCAACUUCUUUAACACUUUGAGGCUCGAUUGCGUAGAAAGCAAUUGUUUUUGUUAAGAGAUCUUUAAAGAAAAAAAACAAGAAUAUGAAGUGUGGAAAGAUAAGUUACUAUAUAUAGAUAUAUAUAUAUACAGUAUGUAUAUGUGAUAUACAUAUAUACAUUCCUAUAAAUAUAUGAAUUUAAAAGUGUUUUAAGACAUGAAUUUAGAAUUAUAAUAAAGACACUCAGUUUUAAUAUUGCUGUCAGAUUCAUUCACUGGGACACAUUUUCGGGGAAGUUGGAUGUAUAUUUAAUAGUCUGAUGUCGGUGUCUUAUGAUUUUAUGACUUUACAUCCAAAACGGUCCAACACAAAGGCAUAUCCCCCCCCCCCCGACACACACACCCAGUCGUUGUAUUGUUAAUUUUGAAAAGUGCACCAGCAUUAUUACACUUGCAUGUCUGAAAAAGAUUAAAAGCAGAAUUUACUUUUAAUAAGUAAAUUAAAAAUAAGGGGAAUAAGUGACUGGUGAAAAAGAUGCACGUGUAUGAAUACAGGAUAUAAUCAAGAUUUGUCUUUCUAACUCAUUGGUUAGAUCAGCUAUUUCAGUUAAAUCUAUCAUAGCAGACAAACAGUUGAACAGAAAGUGUGCCAUAAUUUAAAGUAUGCAUGUUGCAGAAAUGUGAAAAAUGACAUCAAUAUUUAGUGGAUCUCCUUUUGAAGACGUAACAGCCUUUAAAUACUUCCUCUUGCCUCCAACGAGGGCCCGAUUCUGUAUGAAGGUGUUUGACAUGGCAUCUCCAUAGGAAGCGAAGAUGCAAAGAGGAGAACUGGCCACCUUUAAAUACCUUCUCCUGAUUGGCUUCACUUGUGCAUGUAGGUCAAGGGUCAAUUAGCUUAUCAAACUCAUUUGGAGUGCCAAGAAUUAGGACUAAAAAGGUAUUCAGAUCAAUAAAACAAUGGUGCCCAAAUCUUGAAUGAUCUUGAAACUUUCAGUAUCUUCCUGAAGAUGCAGACUUGUUUGGAGGUCUCUGCAGAGUCCACCCAUGCAGCUCCUUCAGAGUCGUCCCUGAUGGGGAAUACCGGUCAACUCCAGUUUAGUCUUCGAUAAAAACUCCUGUAUUUCAACCAUAAAACACCAACAGGUACAUGACUGGGUCCAUUACCGGGUACUCGCCAGCAUGCCACUUCCAGAUUCGGGUCCAGGUCAGUAUUACACUCAUGUAUGGUCCAUCUUCAGGAUCUUCUGAAAUCAGUCACCUAGGAACCGACACUUGCAGGAGGCCCAGAACCUUUAAAAAAAAAAAUCCCAGACCUGUUAAAUAUGAGUUAAUGUGCAGCACAACUCCACUGUCACAGCUUUAGUCACCUCCAUGUUCCAAUGAGCUGCCACUCAACCCCGUCUGUCAUCCAGCCGCUGGUGGGUCCAUGCAGCUCUUCAGUAAAGACCUGCAAAGACACACUUUGGCUUGUCAGGGCCAAAGAUGCACAGAAUCUCCACGUGGACUCAGAGCCCAGUGCUAGUCAUCAGAGGAGAACCACCAUUUCCAGGAAAAGGCAUCAGUCACAUGCAACUUCAUUGUCAGCACAACUCCAAUGUCACGGCUUUAAUCACCUCCAUGUUCCAAUGAGCAUCUUGGCUGCCACCCAAAACCCCGUUGCUGUCCAGCCCCUGGUGGGUCCACGCUGAUGGUCCCAUGCAGCUCCUCAGUAAAGACCUGCAAAGACACGCUUUGGCUUGUCAGGGCCAAAGAUGCACAGAAUCUCCAUGUGGACUCAGAGCCCAGUGCUAGUCAUCAGAGGAAAAAGGUAUCCGUCAUAUGAAACUUGGUAGCAUCCUAGCAGGCCAACCACGUGCACAGAGGCCCUGGUGAAUCCCACGCACCUCCUCAACUUUGCAGGACUUUCGGUGAAAAACGCCCACUUUAAGGUUGCUUUGUAAAUUAAUUCCCGAAACGAGCAAGAGACGGCUAGAAACUUGAUGAACAGCAGCGACGUAGUCUUACAUUUAAUUCGGCGAGUCUCUUGAAGCAUUUAAGUCUGAACGGAUCAUUUUAUGUGUUGAUUUGAAGAUGUUGAUCAAAUUACAUCACUGCGAUUAAUGGCGACGCUUUUAUGUUUACAAUCAAAAAGAAUAUUACUGGUCUUACCUCCACUAGAGACCUCCAGAAAAGACCGACGUAUUUCUGCGGCUGCCUUUUUAAAGAAACAGCGGCUUCCGGUUAGUGAAUGCAUGCUAUACUGCCAUCGUGCGAUGUGGAGGGCGUACUGCACCACAAAUAAUAUCCACACAGGGAGUAAUGUUUGAUUAAUUAAUUUGGUAAUAACACAAAUCAAACUGAUUGACAAACCUCGAAGACAACAAUAUUACAAGUAUUGUCCAUAUAGAGUUUCACUUUCAUUAUCUAGUUUUUGCUAUUUAUUUGUAAUCACCCGUGUUAGUUAUCUCCUCAAACAGCCUGCGUUCCCAUUAUAUGCCUUUUUAUAUGUGCGUAGUGCUCAAUGAUGACCACAAGAUGUCGCCGUUUCUUCUAAACCAAGUGUGCUACGCCUCUCGAUGCUACUUCAGGCCUGUUCCAGUUCCUCACAUGCUAAUCCAAACCCUUUGUAACUCACUGGGGGGGUCCAUCACAUGUUAUGUAGUUUUGUAUGACAUUGAUGUUUUUUUAUGACACUAGCCAUCAUUUUGGUAAAAAAAAAACAAAAACAAUGUAAAUGUAUGGUGUUGAGGGUGUGUUCGCAACAUGUCUUGACUACUCUUAAGGGCGUUUCUUUUGUGUGUCUGUGUGUGUGUGUUAUUAAUUUUAACCACAGGACGACUCGAUGCGUCCACUGCAUCCUGGGCUUGUCUUGUGCUCCCCUUUUGA